AUGGACAGCUGUGUGGCUCUCAUUCUUCUGUCGUCCACAAUCUCACUCACCACAGCUGGAGGGGAGGGUCAGGUGUGGUCAGAGGAGCUUCAGUGUAGAGGCAACGAAUCUCAGAUUCACUUCUGUCCAACAUCUUCACUCAAACACAGCUGUUCCCAUGACAAUGAUGUGGGAGUAUUGUGUGCUUUCAAUGUGAGGUUGGUGGAUGGUGGAAGUCACUGUGCUGGGAGAGUGGAGGUUCUUCAUAGAGGACAGUGGGGAACAGUGUGUGAUGAUAACUGGGAUAUGAGAGAUGCUGCAGUGGUGUGUCGAGAGCUGGGCUGUGGAGAGGCUGUAGAUGCACUGAGUGAUGUUCACUUUGGACCAGGAUCAGGACCAAUCUGGAUGGAUGCUGUGGACUGUAAGGGGUCAGAGUCUACACUGAAGAAAUGUCAUUCAACAUUAUGGGGUAAACAUGCCUGUAAUGAGUCUAAAGAUGCUGGAGUUAUCUGCUCAGGAGUCAGGCUGGUUGGUGGUCCUCAUCGCUGCUCUGGGAGAGUGGAGGUGCUUCAUGGAGAGACCUGGUCCACAGUGUGUGAUGCUGACUUUGACCAGCAGGAUGCAGAGGUUGUGUGUCGAGAGCUGGGCUGUGGCCUUCCUGUGGAGGUGCUGGGAGGAGCUGCUUUUGGCAGAGGGGAGGGUCAGGUGUGGUCAGAGGAGCUUCAGUGUAGAGGCAACGAAUCUCAGAUUUAUUUCUGUCCAACAUCAUCUUCACUCAAACACAACUGCUCCCAUGACAGUGAUGUGGGACUGGUGUGUUCUGACAGUGUGAGGCUGGUUGAUGGUGGGAGUCGCUGUGCUGGGAGAGUGGAGGUUCUUCAUAGAGGACAGUGGGGAACAGUGUGUGAUGAUAACUGGGAUAUGAGAGAUGCUGCAGUGGUGUGUAGAGAGCUGCGCUGUGGAGAGGCUGUAGAUGCACUGAGUGAUGCUCACUUUGGACCAGGAUCAGGACCAAUCUGGACGAUUGGUGUGGACUGCAGUGGAUCAGAGUCUACACUGAAGAAAUGUUUAUCAUCAAAAUUGAGCCAACAUAAUUGUGACCAUUCCAAAGAUGUUGGAGUUAUCUGUUCAGGAGUCAGGCUGGUUGGUGGUUCUCGCUGCUCUGGGAGAGUGGAGGUGCUUCAUGGAGGGACCUGGUCCACAGUGUGUGAUGCUGACUUUGACCAGCAGGAUGCAGAGGUUGUGUGUCGAGAGCUGGGCUGUGGCCUUCCUGUGGAGGUGCUGGGAGGAGCUGCUUUUGGCAGAGGGGAGGGUCAGGUGUGGUCAGAGGAGCUUCAGUGUAGAGGCAACGAAUCUCAGAUUCACUUCUGUCCAAAAUCAUAUUCACUAAAACAAAACUGCUCCCAUGACAGUGAUGUGGGUCUGGUGUGUGCCGACAGUGUGAAGUUGGUGGAUGGUGGAAGUCGCUGUGCUGGGAGAGUGGAGGUUCUUCAUAGAGGACAGUGGGGAACAAUGUGUGCUCAUAACUGGGAUAUAAAUGAUACUUCAUUUGUAUGUAGGCAAUUACACUGUGGGGAGCCACUGACUAUGAAUCUUGCUGUAGGAGGAUCAGGACCGAUCUGGAUGAGUAAUGUUGACUGCAGUGGAUCAGAGUCUACACUGAAACACUGUGGGUCACUGGGUUGGGGCAAACAUAGCUGUACUCAUCUUUUAGAUGUGGAAAUUGUCUGUUCAGGUCACAGAAUGCCCAGACUUACUGGUGGUCCUCAUUCAUGCUCUGGAAGAGUGGAGAUGCUUCAUGGAGAGACCUGGUCCACAGUGUGUGAUGCUGACUUUGACCAGCCGGAUGCAGAGGUUGUGUGUCGAGAGCUGGGCUGUGGGCUUCCUGUGGAGGUGCUGGGAGCAGCUGCUUUUGGCAGAGGGGACGGUCAGGUGUGGUCAGAGGAGCUUCAGUGUAGAGGCAACGAAUCAGAGAUUUCUCUUUGUUCAACAUCAUCUUCACUCAGACUCAAUUGCCCUCAUGACAGUGACGUUGGACUAAUAUGUUCUGGUCACACUCAGGCUCGGCUGGUGAGUGGCUCUGACUCCUGUUCUGGUCGAGUGGAGCUCCAGUACCUCAGUGAGCGGGGCACAGUGUGUGAUGUAAGCUGGGAUAUGAGAGCUGCCAGUGUCCUCUGUGGUCAGCUGAAGUGUGGGAGUGCUGUGGCUGUGUUGGGGUCAGACUGGUUUGGGGAGGGGAGUGGCCAGAUCUGGGCUGAUGUGUUUGAUUGUCAGGGGAACGAAACACACCUGUCAAAAUGUCCCAUUUCAUCAUGGAGUCGAACUGCAUGCUCUCAUAAACAGGAUGCUGGAGUCAUCUGCAGUGGUUCCUCUCUGGCGUUUCAUGAUGGGCGAGUGCGGUUGUCUGGAGGGAUGGAGUGUGAGGGGGAGGUGGAGGUUUACUUCAUGCAGGACUGGAGGAGAGUUCUGCUGGACUCUUGGAGUGAGUCUGAGGCCUCUGUGGUCUGCAGACAGCUGGGCUGUGGCUCUGUGAUCAGCUUCUCCAGCUCCUCUACAUCCAGUCCUGAACACAGUCACAUGUGUGUGACGGGUUUCAACUGUACUGGGAGUGAAGCUCAUCUGGGGAACUGCAGCAGUGCAGAAGCGGUCAACUGCAGCUCCAGAAAACAAUUGUACAUUACUUGCUCAGGUCAUAGCCUCAGGCUGGUUGGUUCUGGGGGAGACUGUGCAGGAAGGCUGGAGGUUUUCCACAGUGGCUCAUGGGGGACAGUGAGUAAAGACUUGUGGGAUAUUAUGGAUGCUCAGGUGGUGUGCAGACAGCUGCAGUGUGGAGUGGCUCUCAGUGCUCCGGUACCAGCCCUAUUUGGACCUGGAACUGGACGUAUAUGGCUGAAUGAGGUGGAGUGUGAAGGAAAUGAGACGUCCCUGUGGAACUGCAGAUUUCAGCUGUGUGGAGAGGAUGAAUGUGGACACAAAGAUGAUGUAGGAGUCGUGUGUUCAGAAUUAAAAGAGAUCAGACUCACUGAGGGCUGUGAGGGGAAUCUGGAAGUGUUCUACAAUGGAUCCUGGGGUAAUGUGUGUACAAAUGAUAUGGAUGAAGAAACAGGUAAUUUGAUCUGUCGGGAGCUGAACUGUGGAAGAUCUGGCAUUUUGAGCCAAACCAAAGCAAGAGUGGAAUCAGCUCCUAACUGGCUGGAUGAUCUGAAAUGUAGGAAACAUGACUCCACUCUGUGGCACUGUCCAUCUUCACCAUGGGGACAGAACAUCUGUGAUAAUCACAAUGAGGUGGCUCACAUUACCUGCUCAGGAGAUUCUUUGCUGCAAAACCAUCUGAAAUGCUCCUCAUAUCCUAACCAGAGUCAAUGCGCAAAGCAACUGCCUCUCAGGCUGAGUGGAGGGAAUGGAAGCUGCUCUGGGAGGCUGGAGGUGUAUCACAAUGCUGAGUGGGGGUCUGUCUGUGAUAAUCAGUGGGACAUCAGGGAGGCUCAGGUGAUCUGCAGGCAGCUGGGCUGUGGGCCGGCGCUGAGUGCUGAUGGGAGUGCUGUCUUCGGUGCUGGUGAAGGGCCUAUCUGGCUGAACAGAGUGAAGUGUAGAGGGAAUGAGAUUCACCUGUGGGACUGUCCUCAUUCCCUGAAGAACCACACUGACUGCUCCCACAGGCAGCAUGCUGGAGUCACCUGUACAGACAUAUUUGUAUCCCCCACUGUUACAUCCAGAGUAACUACUAUUACCAUCACAGCUGGUCAGACAGAGAACAAAGCAGUUACUCCUCCACAAACUCUUUUAGCAGUUGUUCCAUCCAUCUAUCCAGUGUCUCUCCUGGUUCUGGGAGUGCUGCUCUUCCUGGCCUUAGUGCUUCUGGUUGUGCUGUUUUACCAGAACAGAGUGCUCAGGAGAGUGCUCUCUAAGAGGUGGCAUAAGACUCAGACUGAGGCAGUCUAUGAAGAGAUCGACCAGAGAAUCAUCGCUAAGAGAAUGACUAAAAAGGGAAGUAUCCUCUCUGAAGAACAUUCAGGAUAUGAGGAUGUGGAUGAGGAGCUUCUCUCAGAAAAGGCUGUGAAUGAGGAAAAAGCUGAAUAUUAUAAUGAUGUCAGCACCAGUGGACUGAAAAGUGAGGCGGGAACUAGAGAUGCUCCAGAGAACUAUGAUGAUGUUAUUUCUGCUGGACAGACAACUAGAGAAGCAAAGAACGAAGUGGAGAUCUAUGAUGAUGCCAUUCCUGCUGGAGAGAAUCUACACGUUACAACAGUGUACACACCAGAGGACUAUGAUGAUGUCAUCACUCCUGGACAGGAUUUUGGAGAUUCAGCAGGCUAUGAUGACGUGGUAGAGGUGUUUGAGAAAGAGGGACAGAUCAUCUGACAGAGACCCAAAUAACGCAUCUACUCUGACAUUUGAGCUUUUUGAAACUGCCAAGGUUAAACAACACCUGAUGUUUUGAUAUUCUUUUUAAAGAUGAGAUUUUGUGUUCUUUUUGA